AAUUGUGAUAUGAUUGAAUUUAUAUCCUUCAAUAAAUUUGUUGUGCUUCUGCUAGAUUCCUGACAGGGAACAGUAACAUCCCACUGUGAUUUAUUUUGAAUAAAUAUAAAGUGUCCUGCCAGUGUUGUUGACCACUGCGCCUGCUGUGUUAGGAGCCAUCUGAGCUCAGAGCAUAGCUGCAAAAUCCCAGUGACUGUACUUAAGCAGCUGCCACUGUCCAUCACCCAGUUAAAACACACGCAGAGUGACAGAGCUGUCCCAGAGAGAGCUCAUGGUCGUCCCCGGCACAGAGUGAAGCAACAAGAUCACCUCCUUAUCUGCUGUGGGACACUAGCUGUCAGUUUGUUAUUUUGCUUCCUCGACCACAUGUUUUACUCAGUUUAAUCGUUUUGGAGCCAAAAUGAAGACUUUGGAGCAAAUAUUUGCCUUUCAUAUGAUUCUGGUCACUUCAGCUUACAGCACACAGAGAGCACCUCGUAUCAUCACUUUACUAGAAACAGUGGAUGUUCUUCUUGAUCACAAUGCCACCUUCAUCUGUGAGGUGGAAUCAAGUCCCAGUGCUUCUAUUACAUGGACCAAAAACAAUCAGCCAAUCAUGUACUAUGACAACCGAUACCUUACCAAGGAGCAGGGCCAGAUGUUGACCAUCCCUCAUGUGAAAGAUUCAGACAACGGAGAGUACUGCUGCAUUGCUAGCAACGGCAUAGGAGAAGCUGCAAAGAGUUGUGGAGCUCUCCAGCUGAAGAUGAAGCCCCAGAUCAAGCGUCAGCCUACCAACGUAACUUUACUGAUAGAAUCUAAAGCAGUGCUGCCCUGUGUUACCCUUGGGCAUCCCAAACCAGAUGUCACCUGGCUCAAAGACGAUGAGCUUAUCAAGAUCAGCGACCGCGUCACCAUUCUUGAUUAUGGGGCACUAAAAAUUCAUAGGAUCCAGACGGAGGAUGCUGGGAUGUACCGCUGUGUGGCCAGGAACAGCUUUGGUUUGGCCUUUUCAAAGCCCGUCACCAUUGAAGUACAAACUCCAGCACGACUCCUGCGAGUUCCAAAAGAGAAGAGAGCAGAUUAUGGUAGCCAGAUAACCCUGGAGUGCAAUGCCACUGGAAAUCCUACUCCCACCAUCACCUGGCUGGAAAAUGGGAAUACUGUGUCAGGUGCCUCGGUGGAGGAGACUUUGGAGGGAAAUGUAAUACUCUCCGUUCUUAAAGUAACGGUGACUAAGUCAGCAUUAUACACAUGUGUGGCCUCCAACAGACACAGCGGCGGAGCGAACAAUGUUAAAAAAAGUGCCAGAGUCACUGUUACAGACUGGAGACAUCAUCAGCAACAACAGACACCAGGCAGUCAUAAAGGCAUCACAGGCUACUGCAGUGCAUAUCGUGGAGAUGCGUGUCGAACGAAUCUUCGAGACGAUUCUCUGGUUUUCUUCAACUCCUCUCUCUCGGACCCUGAAGGGAUGCAGGAAUACCUGGUUCAGAGCUGGUUGGCUGAGCUGGAAGGCCUCAGUGGACUCUGUAACCCAGCUGCACUCUCACUGCUCUGCCACUCUGCCUUCCCUGACUGCAACCCAUCAGGUGGCUCGGCCCCUAAACCAGUCUGCAGAGAGCACUGCCUGGCAGUGAAGGAGCUCUAUUGCCAUAAGGAGUGGUUGACACUGGAGGGGACUGGUUCAGUUCAGGCUGGACUCUUAAGCUCAGUCACCGGGUCCCAAAUUUUCACUUCACUGCUACCCAACUGUCAGGCCUUACCAAGUCUUCACACUGACCCAUAUGGUUGUACAUAUAUCCCCUUUGUAGAUCUCCAAAAAGAUCAGAUAACAACAACAUGUUAUGAUGGCAGGGGUCGUUUCUACCAAGGCAGUGUGAAUAUCACAAGAUCUGGAAUACAAUGUCAACCGUGGAACAAACAGGUUCCCCACCAGCACCGCCUAUCGGUGGAUGUCAUUCCAGAGCUGAUGAAUUCAAAUAACCACUGUAGGAAUCCUGGAGGAAUCAGCGACAAGCCUUGGUGUUACACCUCAGAUCCUAAUAUACGCUGGGAAUACUGCGCAGUGCCUCAGUGUGGGGAAAUAAUCACAGCGCCAGUGAGGAAGCCAGAGCUGACAGCGCCUGAUCAGGUUCCUCGUCCCCCUCCCACCUCGACAUCAUCAUCGCCAGCCUACUCCAUGACUGUCAUCGUUAUUGUCCUAACCUCAAUGGCAAUUGCGGUCUUCCUCACAAUUAUCAUCCUUGGCUGUCAUAGGAGGAGAAAGCAGUGGAGGAACAGAAAAAGAAGAGAGAUUGGGACCCCAACACUGAGCGCUCUUCCAUCUGAGCUCUUGUUGGAUCGACUCCAUCCUAAUCCCAUGUACCAGAGGGUUCCUUUGCUCCUGAAUUCAAAGCUGCUGGCCCUCGAGUAUCCCCGCAACAAUAUCCAAUAUGUCAGGGACAUUGGGGAGGGAGCGUUUGGACGUGUUUUUCAGGCCAGAGCACCGGGCCUCCUGCCGACAGAGCCUUUCACAAUGGUGGCUGUGAAGAUGCUGAAAGAGGAAGCCUCAGCUGACAUGCAGAACGACUUCCAGAGGGAGGCGGCGCUCAUGGCCGAAUUCGACCAUCCAAACAUCGUUCGACUGUUGGGUGUCUGUGCUGUGGGUAAGCCGAUGUGUCUGUUGUUUGAAUACAUGGCCCAAGGGGACCUCAAUGAGUUCCUACGUCGCCGAUCUCCAACCCAGUCCGUGCGCACCAUCAGCCGAGCUAGCCUAUCAGCUCGCAGUUUCUCCUCCGACGGGGAAGCAGCGUCUCUCACCUGUCCGGAACAACUCUCUGUUUCUAAGCAGAUCGCCGCGGGAAUGGCCUAUCUGUCAGAGCGCAAGUUUGUCCACCGGGACCUUGCAACACGCAACUGCCUAGUUGGAGAAGAAAUGAUUGUGAAGAUUGCAGACUUUGGCCUCUCCAGAAACAUCUAUUCAGCUGAUUACUACAAAGCCAACGAGAAUGAUGCAAUCCCCAUCCGCUGGAUGCCCCCGGAGUCGAUUUUCUACAAUCGCUACACAACUGAAUCAGAUGUAUGGGCCUACGGUGUGGUGUUAUGGGAGAUUUUCUCCCACGGGAUGCAGCCAUAUUACGGAAUGGGUCACGAGGAGGUUAUUUACUACGUGAGGGAUGGUCACAUCCUUUCCUGUCCUGAGGACUGUCCCCUGGAGCUGUAUAAUCUGAUGCGUCUUUGCUGGAGCACACACCCAUCAGACAGGCCGAGCUUUAGCAGCAUACAUCGGAUACUGGAGCGAAUGCAUCUAAACAGCCUGAGUGCAAAUGCAGAGCCUGAAGCUGACUCGUAAUUUUUAUUUAAGUGAUUCUUGCAUGAGGGAAAGCAUCAAGGAAACUGGGAUUGCAGUUAUAAUUUGUCACUGAGAACAAGGAUAAAUGUAACACUUGAUAAUGUUGACUUUACUAGCCCUAUUUUUUCUUCUGUGGGUAUCAUAUGUUUAACCCCUAUCCUGUUUUAAUGACAAACUAUGUUUUAUUCAUUCUAUUUUGCUUGACUUUUCUUCAAGUCAAGCAAUUUUUGGGGCCUGAAAUCAUAAAUGUACCAGCCUUAUAUAGGAAAAUCUCAAAGAUAGGAUAAAUAUUAAAAUAAGAAAAUGUCUUUCUGCUUGAUCCACCUGAUUUGAAUUAAUUGCAUAUUAAUAUUAUAAUAUUAUAAUAUGCAUAUUUAAUUAGUGGAGGGACAUAUAAACCCCCAGGACUGGAGUUAUUUCUGAGAUGGAGAGCAGAUACAGAUACUUAUCUGAGUUGAAAAUAUCGCAGGAUGACAUCACAGGAUGUCCACACAGGAUGUCCACACCCAUAUUCAUUUGUGUGUUACAAAGCAGAUCAAAGACCAAUCUGAUUGGAAGACAAUGCAGCAGCAUCUGCUUGCACUUUUCUGAUAACAAAACACAAAACUAUCAUUCCUCCCAGUGACAAUUUACAGGAUAAACUGAGCUACUCCACAGUGGUUUCAUGAAGAUAUAUAAAUAUAAAAAUAAGCAAGUCUUCUGAACUGCUUUUCAAAAGAAAAUGAUGAACUUGAAUACUACAUCCAAUGCUCUGAUCAAACAUUGUCAAAUUGUGUCUAGCUGUAUAAUUUGUUUUUUUUUGCCCGGACAUACUACUGCUACAGUCUUUAAUAAACUGACAUUUGCUACUGUUCACAAGGCUUUCUAAAGUUAGCAUGUUAGCAUACCCUUCCUUUCUGAUGUGACUGAUAUUUUUCAGCUUGUAACUUAUUUCUACAUGCGCAAAAUCUAUUUUUUAAGAAAAGUUUUUCUCUUGAUUCUAAAACUUGGUGCCUUGAUCAUUAGAAACUUGAAUGACUAAUGUUUCAGCUACUCUCUUCUACACCAAGAGCUAUCUGAGAAUAUCUGAGCACUGUGCAGAGUUGGUCACAUAGAGGGAUUCACACCAGUCAGUACUGUGGAUCCCACACUGGGGAUGUGACUCACCGACCCCCAUGUAUUACACAAGCAGCAUCCGUCUACUCUCAUUUCAUCAAGUACUCCACAGAUCAUUUAAAAAAGCAUUAAUAGAAACAACAAUCAAAUACGUCAUUACUUUAUUCAUAUUUAAGCUACAGUAAUUAUUCUCAAUUUAGUUAGUAUAUUUCCAAUAACUAUUUUAAAAAGGCUAGGAGGUUAUCUGCAUGGGAUGAAAAAAGUCAAGCUCUGAAUGCAGCUGAAUUAACCUUUUUUGUUAGUUUUUUUUUUUACAGCGUUUGGGAAAUGUAUGUUUGUGGUUUUUUUAAUAGUUCUUAUAUAAUACCAUGUCCUUAGUUGUAUUCCUUUGUCAUGUACUAUAAAGACUUGAAUCAUAAAAGUAUGGACAUUUUUAGUAAUUUCAACAAGAGUUGUUUAAAUCUUGUUUUUUAUUAGUUUGGUUUUUAACAGUUUUUUUUUUCUUCUCUGCUCUGAAUUUUGAAGCAUAAAACAGAUCAAUGUCAUUUAAUGGACAAAGGGCAGUAGCUUGAGAACAUAAUGCUACCUUUUUAAAGAGUAUUGCUAUGAAAGAAACAGUUUAUUCCACAGUGGCACACAAUCACUUUUAAUUGACACUGAUCGUUAAAGUAUAUACAUUUUUAUUCCAGUUUGAGGCAUUUUCAUGAGGUUGUUUGUUUUCAUUGUUGGUUUUUGAUGGUCUUUCAAGUUUGCAGGAAAAACAAAAUUCAGUGAGUUUUGUUCAUAAAAUGUCUCAAUACUUGUUUAAUGGUUGUUCUGCAAAACCACUUGGCAAAAUCCAUUAAUUUAGGUUCCUUAAAAAUGAAUUGACUAAGAAUAAGCCAACAUUUGUCUGAAGGGUGCAACUGAAUUUGCUUUUAUGGAGGUUGAAUGUUUUUCUGUUUUUUAAGAAAAGGUUUAGUUCAUAUCGAACUGACAAGACUUUGCAUAUGACAUUUUUUUAAAAUUUUCUUACAUACAUUGUGGAAAGAUUGAAUAAAUUAGAGAUUCACAUAAUUUAAAAGAAAGUAUUCAAAAUUUUCAGUUCCAAAUGCAUCCAGUAAAACAGACACGCUUAAUUUCUUUUUAUGUGUGGUGUGCUAUUUUUUUUAGUUGCACUUCGUAAACUGUUUUCAGUUCGUUAUUUAUUUUUGUAUUUUUUGAUUUCUAUGAAAUAAUAUACAGUACAUAUGUGUAUGUCUGUAUUGCCUAUGAAUAAACAAAUAUUCCAUGUAUUCGCCCGCGGAGCAAAUUCUAAAAAUAGCCAUUGUCAUUAGGGAGCACUGCCAAAGAAAUUAUUUAAUUGAGUGUUUUUACAUUGAAGUAAUAGCAUUUGUUUAUAUUUAGAGUUUUAAAAAAAGGAAAUGAUAAAAACCGUUUAAAAUAAAUUGCUUUAUGUAUAAAACUCUUUCCUACGGUUGAAGUUCAGAACUAUGCUCAGACGCCUGCAGGAUAUUAUCGGAGGGCAGCAGCGCCUGCAGCUGUACAGCUGCACAUACUCUGUGUACCUUGAGAUCUUCCUUUAAGUAAAAAAAAAGAGAAAAUAAUUUCUGGAAUUUUUAUUAUUUAACCCUCUUUACUAUUAAAACAAUUGUGGAGAAAAAAAGAUCUUUUGUGCCAAAACAUCUUGUAUGUAUUGAACGUGCAAGGAGGGAGGUGGGCGAAGGGGGCCUGAGCCCCUACCCUUUUUAUCCUUGAUGCCCCUAGUGCCCCUUUUGAGUUUUUUUUUUUCUCAAAAAAAUGUUAUUUUGAUUUUUUUAUUUUUAAUCUGUUUGUCAGAAGGCCUGCUGGUAGGACUGGUAAUAUAUCACCAAGGCUGAAAUCCGCACUUGGGAGACAGCGGACUCUUGAGGACAAUGGACUGGCGAGGCAGGGUGCGAGGACCAAUGGUCAAAAGGAAACAUUGUGUCCGAAAACAGAAAAAGGGAGAAACGGGCGGGCCUGUUGACCCAGCUGAUGCCAACUCAACCUCUCUCUAGCAAAGCAAGGUUGGUGGAAUCAAAUAAUGUUCUCACUCUUUGGUUACCUAGCAACUCACUCAUUCUUUGGUUACCUAGCAACAGCCUGUUGAGUCACUUGCGCAGCAGCAGUUUCUGGUUUCACCUCCAUUCCUCAGAAUUGCUUAGAAAUAAAAAAAGAAAUAAAAAAACAUUGUGAUGUAUUCCAAAUAUUUAAAACAGAAAAACUAACAAAAAAUUAUUGAUACAGAUAUAAGACACUUAUUUCAUGAUAUCGUAAUAUUGUUCAGCCUUACCAUAAUUAGACUAUUUCCGUGUUUAAAAUCCAUUUUAAUUAGUUAUUAUUUAGGAUUAUUUUCUGAGAAAUUGAGUUUGAUUAGUUUGAAUGUAAUUACUGAAAUUUGUGGUUUGGGUAAUGUUAUCAUUAACCAAAUCUAUAUGAGUUACAACAACAUUUAAUUUCCCUUUGGGAUCAGUAAAGUUGAAUUU